AGGAAAUAGGAGGGAGUGCGACACCAUGAGCAAGCCUAAUUUGAAAUCCCUCCCUUCACGCCUCCACGACGGAGACGGAGAUGCGUGUUUGGAGUGGUGAGGGAGGGAUCGUGAAAGGGGCCUUCUCUCUUACCUUGCUGCCUCCCACCUUUCAAAGUGUCAAAAAUCUCCGAGCAAGAUCUUCGGAGUUCCGGCGGCUCCUCCGGCUGGCCAGGGGGGGAAUAUUCGCUGCACUUGAUGAAAUUCUGUGCUCCUGAGGACGUUCGAAUUUUCAACUGUGAUGCUUAUGUCGCACUCUCUGCGCUCUUUUGGGAGAUAUCUGCGUAGAAAAUCUGUCUUCCCUUUUCACUGAGAAGAAGAAAGAGCCAAAAAAGCCUAUCCAGACAAGACUUCUUGUCAGCUUCAAGGAACCUCCCAACUGCUUCUUCUUCUUCUUCUUCUUCUUCUUCUUCUUCUUCUUCUUCUUCUUCUUUAUUUUCGAAAUAUGCUGGAAAGGUGUGUCGGGUCUGUUAUCAGUCUUCUCCUCCUUCUCUCUUUCUGAUCUGUUGUGGAGAAGGUGUCGGUAAGCUCAUAAUGUGCUAUCUCCCGUGAGCUGUUUUCUCCUGCCGUUGUGAAGGGAAGGAGAAAUGGCGGCGUGGGUUUUUGAGAUCUGGUCUUUCUCUAAUAGGCUCGGGUCAGAUCAGAAUUUCAGCGGCUGGUGCUAAGGUUUGGUUCCAAUUUCCGACGACAACUGUUGGUUUCUUCCUCUGCUUUACGGACCUCAUGACGACUAAACGCGCUUACAAGCUGCAGGAAUUUGUGGCGCACAAUUCUACUGUUAAUUGCCUCAAGAUUGGAAGAAAGUCAUCGAGGGUUCUUGUCACAGGAGGAGAAGAUUACAAGGUCAAUCUAUGGGCCAUCGGCAAACCAAACGCCAUACUGAGCUUGUCUGGACACAGUAGUGGAAUUGAUUCGGUCAGUUUCGACUCUUCAGAAGUGUUGGUAGCUGCAGGAGCGGCAAGUGGUACCAUAAAGCUUUGGGAUUUGGAGGAGGCAAAGAUUGUUCGUACGCUUACUGGUCACAGAUCCAACUGCAUAUCUGUGGACUUCCAUCCCUUUGGGGAGUUCUUUGCAUCUGGAUCUCUAGAUACAAACCUUAAGAUAUGGGAUAUCAGAAAGAAAGGGUGCAUUCACACAUACAAGGGCCACACACGAGGUGUUAAUGCUAUCAGAUUUACCCCUGAUGGCCGCUGGGUGGUAUCUGGUGGAGAAGACAACACUGUGAAGCUUUGGGAUCUGACUGCUGGAAAGUUGUUGCAUGAUUUCAAGUGUCACGAGGGCCAGAUUCAGUGCAUAGAUUUUCAUCCCCAUGAAUUUCUGCUCGCUACAGGUUCAGCUGAUAGAACUGUGAAAUUCUGGGACCUUGAAACAUUUGAGCUAAUUGGUUCAGCUGGACCUGAGACCACUGCCGUGCGCUGUUUGGCCUUUAACCCUGAUGGGAGAACUCUUUUGUGUGGCUUGCACGAGUGUUUGAAGGUUUUCUCAUGGGAACCAAUAAGGUGCCAUGAUGGUGUGGACGUGGGGUGGUCUAGAUUGUCAGAUCUUAAUAUUCAUGAGGGAAAGCUUCUUGGUUGCUCUUACAAUCAAAGUUGUGUUGGCGUGUGGGUUGUAGACAUAUCGCGCAUAGAGCCAUAUGCAAUUGGUAAUGCUGCACGAAUAAAUGGUCAGCCAGAAACUAAAUCAGUGUCAAGUGGGGUGCUGACUGAAAACACCACGAAGGCUACAAUUGGCAGGUUGUCCAUUUCAGAAAAUUCAGAUCCUGCAGUCAAGGAAACAAAAUCUCAGGGAAGGCUGUCAGUCUCUCAACAUUCUGAUCCUGUUGUCAAAGAUUCAAAAUAUUUAGCUUCUGCACCUGGAACGCCUCAAAGGAUCAGUUUAAAUUCAGGUCCAAAGACUACUCCAGUUAGUUCAAUGGCUAUUCCCAGUUCAACAGCUCUGAGACGGAAUGCUGCAAAGGUCAAUUCAACAGCCAAUAUUUCACUCUUCAACAAACCCGAUGUUAUACCUGUAAUUGUCCCCAGAACUAAUGCGAGACUGGAUCAGGCACCAGAUAGAAAAGAAAUUGGUAGUGUUGGAAGAACAAUUCCUUUCUCUUUACAGUCAAAAACAACUGAUUUUCGGAAGCUUCCUAACAGCAGAGAUGAACUGGAGAGGCCAAAUAUUUCAGCCAUGUCUGAAACUGCGGGAUUUAGGACAAUUGAAUUAAGUCCUGACGGGAAUGCUUUUCCUGUGGCCAAAAGCUUGAUUCCCGGAACUCUUGCAGCUGAAAGAAAUGUUAAAGAUGACAGAUAUAUUGGAUCUGGCAGGCAUGAAAUGAACUCAACAACAGAGCCACCUGCUGCUAAUAGCCAGCAUGAAAAUUAUGAUACUCGGGUGUAUAGAGGAAAUAGAGAUGCAUGUUCUAUUGAAUGCCAAAAAAGAGGAAGGACACGGUCGCUUGUUGCUAGCUGGGAGAAGAGAGAAAGGUCUCCUACCUUUGAGGAUCCUACUUCAAAUAAUUCACCUGCUGCUGUCAACAUGGCCCCACCUAAGGCAUUUAAACAAAGAGACAGCAGUCCCUCUGUGGAAGGAGAAGCUGAACCUACUAACAAUGAGGAUGCUGUUGCAGAUAUAAUGGACCAACAUGAUCAAUUUAUCAGCUCUAUGCAAUCUCGUUUUGCCAAAUUACAGGUAGUCCACAGAUAUUGGGAAAGAAAUGAUGUCAAGGGGGCCAUAAGUGCUAUGGAGAAGAUGGCAGAUCACACUGUUCUCGCUGAUGUGAUUAGCAUUUUGACAGAAAAAAUUGACAUUGUCUCACUGGAAAUUUGCACUUGUCUUCUGCCACUUCUCACAGCCCUCCUUGAUAGUGAGAUGGAUAGGCAUUUAGGCAUUUCUCUGGAAAUGCUGCUUAAGCUGGUCAGGGUAUUUGGUUCAGUGAUUUAUUCGUCAUUGUCAGCAUCAUCUUCUGUUGGUGUAGAUAUUGAGGCAGAGCAAAGGUUGGAGCGUUGCAAUCUUUGCUUUAUUGAGCUAGAGAAGGUCAAGCGCUGCCUGCCUGCCCUUUCCAGAAGAGGGGGGUCAGUUGCAAAGUCUGCACAGGAACUGAAUUUAGCUCUUCAAGAAGUUGUAUGAGCUUUCGAGGGGGAGAGAACAUACUGCAAGCAACUCCAAUUAUUGAUGGCAUUAUAUGGCAUUUUUUUGGUUGGUGUGGGAGGAGAGUGCAUUCAAAGAGUUCCGCCGCUCCAUGCGAUUUCGUUUAAUAGGUGAUGCUAUUUGUCAUAUUUGGUUAUGACCCUGCUCAUGCUAGGUGGAGGCAUGAUACAACUAAUUGACUGAAAUUCAAUAGGCGGCAAGGCUGACGGACAAGCCACUCUAUUGUAUAAUGGUGGUUGUCGCAGAGUAUCCAAUGGAUACCUGCAUGGUGAGGCUGAUGGACAAGUCACUGUAUUGUAUGAUGGUGGUUGCCGCAGAGUCUCCAAUGGAUACCUGCUUGGUGAAGAAUCCAGCUGCGCCGUAUGACAUCAUAACCCAAUCUGGCACAUUAGUUGAUUCUUGACGUUUCACGAGUGAUCGUGUAUGUAUUUGUUUAUGUUAAUUUAUACAGAAACACGAAUGUUUGAAAUGAUACAGAAGGGAAUUGCUAGUUUUUCCCAA